UGUAAAUUCUAAGCCCGCUACAAGUAGGCUACAGCCAGAUGGCUCUGGCCACAGCUUUAGCUUCAGUCAGGGCAUUUCUGCGAAACUCCAUUCAUUCAUCAGUUCACCAGCGCCCCCGUUGUUUGGAAAUACACACGCAGCCAGAGUGUGUUGCAGCUGAGAAGCCAAGUGCCAAGAGGAAUUCCUCGAAAUGACCGGACACCACUGGGGAUACGGAGAGGAGGACGGCCCUUCUGCAUGGCAUAAAGACUACCCCAUCGCCCAGGGCAACCGCCAGUCUCCCAUCGACAUUGUCCCCACGGAAACGGUCUACGAUGCCAACCUGCCCCCCAUCUUCCUGUCCUAUGAGAACUGCACAUCCACCAGCAUCUCCAAUAACGGCCACUCGGUUGUGGUGGAGUUCGAGGACUCGGACGACCGAUCGGUGAUCCAGGGAGGCCCGCUGGACAACGCCUACAGGCUGAAGCAGUUUCACUUCCACUGGGGGGGCAAGGGUUGCCAUGGCUCUGAGCACACUGUCGCCGGCAAGACCUUUGCAUCGGAGCUACAUCUGGUCCAUUGGAAUGCCUCCAAGUACAAGACAUUUGGGGAAGCAGCAUCAGCUCCUGAUGGCCUGGCUGUCCUUGGUAUCUUUCUCGAGACAGGAGAUGAACACAGAGGAUUGCACAAGAUAACAGACGCCAUGUACAUGGUGAAGUUCAAGGGAACGAUGGUGGACUUCAAAGGCUUCAACCCCAAAUGCCUUCUGCCCGACAACCUCAACUUCUGGACCUACCCCGGAUCCCUGACUACUCCCCCCCUGCACGAGAGCGUCACCUGGCUUGUUCUCCAGGAGCCGAUCAUGGUGUCCGAGAAACAGAUGGGGAAGUUUCGACUGCUGUUGUUCAGCGGUGAGGAGGAGGAACAGAGGAAGAGGAUGGAAAACAACUUCCGACCGCCGCAACCCCUCAAGGGCAGAAAGGUCCUGGCCUCCUUCAAAUAACCCCAUCCCAUGCCAACCCCUCUGGCCAGCACUACAUCUCCUGCACUCUUUCUCUCUGCUCCAGAGAAUAAUCUACAGUAGAAGCGGUCCCCAUCAUUUUGGUUACACAACAUUUAUAUAGGUUAAUUGUAACAGAAAACAACUGAAUUUUCUAUAGAAAAAAGCCUUCAAGGCUUCAUGCAAAUGCCGUCUUACCCAAUCCUGCAUAUCUGGCUAUGCAUCCAGAAGAUCUUUGUAGCAUAGAAAGACUUUAGGCUCCUGCUUUGGGCUCUAUGGAUGAUUAUGGUUUCAGUUUAAUUGACUGCUGACCAUGAGCUCAAAGUAAAGAACUGAAAACUCAGUGUGUGUGCUUACCCUAUAUGUAAUCUCUACUUUGUAAAGUCUUGAGUGACUCUUUGCUCUGUCGCCAUCAAUCAGUUGUAAACAGGCGUUGUGAGUUUCUUUAGGAUUACUGUAAGAAGUGGCCGACGGUGCUUGAGACGAUCCUUGGUUGUUGCUAUGUGGGUUGUGACCUCGCCUCCCCUCCCUGUUUGCCGUUGCCUCCUUCAUGAGAUCCGUGUUGAUCCUCAUUGAUUAAGGCUUGUGCAAACGGAUCUGCAUCCUGAAUGUCGGCGAUCUUUUCACGUAACGCUUGACCGACAGCCGCAAACAGGAUUACUGGCGCAGGGGCCUUUCCCCUCGAUCUGCUGCUUUGUUGGAGAUGACUGAGGUGGAGGGGUCCCGUAAUAAGGCCUAAGUCCAUGCAGCAACUGCCCAUGACCAUGAAAGGGGUCUCAGAUUAAAUCCUGAUAGGCACCUUCACCGAGUCCAUCUCAUUAGGGCAGACGGGUCUUUGAAACUGAUCCUACAGUAGUACAGCUUAGCACUCACACGCUAGGGCUACAGGCAGCCAACGCGAUGGCACCGACACCAAAAAAUAAAACGUAUAAAAAUAUAAUAAAUAAAUAAAAAUAAAACUCCAGAAUGUAUGUGACGCUGCUUUGAUCAUGGAUGCCAUAGCUAGCGUUGUUACUUGCGAGGAUGCUCGGCUGACGGAGGAAGGAUGAUUUUUGACAGUUUUGUGCAGGGGACAUGCCAUAGCACAUCACCAAGCACAGAGGUGAUGCGGCCUGGUUUGUAUGCAUGUUUUGCCUCUCCUGUAAUAUAUCACUCCCAUGCUUUUACCGUAAUGGAACGCUCCUUUUUUAUGUGUGGGCCUUUGAAGGUCAGAGUGAUGAAUAUAGUACCACACACACUUAAGAAAGGAAAAUUAGGUCCCAACAUCCCCAGAGCAAUCACUACUGGUGGUUGUGUGUCUGUGUCUGUGUCUCUGUGUGUGUGUGUGUGUCUCUGUGUGUGUGUGUGUGUGUGUGUGUGUGUGUCUGUGUGUGUGUGUGUGUGUGUGUCUCUGU